CUCGUCUCUCGGUUCUAACGUUUCCCUUUUUCCUUCCGCCCUUUUCGGUUUCUCUGCCUCUUCUCAUCCCUUCUCGCUCUGCUGCUCUGCGGUGUUACGAGGCCGAAUCCUCUUCCCGCCCAGCCCGCGCCUUUCUCCCCUUCACGUAGCUCCAUUUCUCUUCGGCCGCCGCCGCCACUGUUGCUCAGCUGGUGUCGGUGCCGCGCUUUUCCUCCCACGUCGUCCCCGCAGCCUAUGGCCCAGGCCGCCUUGGGUAUUUCUGCUCAAGGUAACCACAUCCCUCUUUAAAAAUUCCGCCGAAAAAGAGAAGACGCUUUACCCGACUCUUUGGGCCGUUAUCUCACGGCGAACUUUCUGACCAAGUAUACAACUACCCAGAGGGCCUAGGAGAAGUGCUGUAUAGAGAGCAGUUCGACUUCAACGCUGAGCCACCUUGGGAACCUAGCUGAUGAUAGGGGGGUUCCAUCUCCUAACUUGUCCAUGGAGGUCUUCACUUCAGAAACCCAAGACUCAUAUUCAUCCAGCUUGGUGUCAAGUGGGCUGUUGCUGCCAGAAUUAUCUUGUGAUUAUUUGAGAGAUGUGUCAGUUUCUUCUGAAGUACAGUCAACUGUAGAAGCCUUUGUAGCAGGUGUGUAACAAGUUUGUUGCAUAUUCUAAGGACCCAGACAUAGGCUUGGUGGCCCGUCUCUUGUUUUUCCUGGUUUAUGACUUUCGGCUUUGUGGAAUACGGCUGAGAUGAAAGGAUUUAUUGACGAUGCAAACUACUCCGUUGGCCUGUUGGAUGAAGGAACAAACCUUGGAAAUGUUAUUGAUAACUAUGUUUAUGAACAUACCCUGACAGGGAAAAAUGCAUUUUUUGUGGGGGAUCUUGGAAAGAUUGUGAAGAAACACAGUCAGUGGCAGAAUGUAGUGGCUCAGAUAAAGCCAUUUUACACAGUGAAGUGCAACUCUACUCCAGCUGUACUUGAGAUUUUGGCAGCUCUUGGAACUGGAUUUGCUUGUUCUAGCAAAAAUGAAAUGGCUUUAGUACAAGAAUUGGGUGUAUCUCCGGAAAACAUCAUUUACAUAAGUCCUUGCAAGCAAAUCUCUCAGAUAAAGUAUGCAGCAAAAGUUGGAGUAAAUAUCAUGACAUGUGACAAUGAAAUUGAAUUGAAGAAAAUUGCACGUAAUCACCCAAAUGCCAAGGUCUUACUACAUAUUGCAACAGAAGAAAAUAUUGGAGGUGAAGAGGGUAACAUGAAGUUUGGCACUACAUUGAAGAACUGUAGGCAUCUUUUGGAAUGUGCAAAAGAACUUGCUGUCCAAAUAAUUGGAGUUAAAUUUCAUGUUUCAAGUGCGUGCAAGGAAUCUCAAGUAUAUGUACAUGCUCUGUCUGAUGCUCGAUGUGUGUUUGAUAUGGCUGGAGAACUUGGCUUUACCAUGAACAUGUUAGACAUUGGUGGAGGCUUCACAGGAACUGAAUUUCAGUUAGAAGAGGUUAAUCAUGUUAUCAGCCCUCUGUUGGAUAUCUACUUUCCUGAAAGCUCUGGCAUUAAGAUAAUAUCAGAACCUGGGAGCUACUAUGUGUCAUCUGCAUUUACACUUGCAGUUAAUAUCAUUGCUAAGAAAGUUGUUGAAAAUGAUAAAUUUUCCUCUGGAGUAGAAGAAACCAGGAGUGAUGAACCAGCCUUCAUGUAUUAUAUGAAUGAUGGUGUGUAUGGUUCCUUUGCAAGUAAACUGUCUGAGGACUUAAAUACCAUCCCAGAGGUUCACAAGAAGUACAAGCAAGAUGAGCCUCUGUUUAUAAGCAGCCUUUGGGGUCCAUCCUGUGAUGAGCUUGAUCAAAUUGUGGAAAGCUGUCUUCUUCCUGAGCUGAAUGUGGGAGAUUGGCUUAUCUUUGAUAACAUGGGAGCAGAUUCCUUCCACGAACCAUCUGCUUUUAAUGAUUUUCCGAGGCCAGCUAUUUAUUACAUGAUGUCAUUCAGUGAUUGGUAUGAGAUGCAAGAUGCUGGAAUUACUUCAGACACGAUGAUGAAGAACUUCUUCUUUGCACCAUCUUGCAUUCAGCUAAGCCAAGAAGACAGCUUUUCCACUGAAGCUUAAACAGGCACUAAUGCUUCUUUAGAUCUGAAAUUUCAGGUUAAGCUUGUCUGGUCUACAUUCCAGUUUGAGAAAAAAAAAAUCAAUCUAUUCUGUGCUCUUGAAAACAAAAUUUAAUAGUAAUUGCUAUUUGGGACCAGACGAAAUCAGCUUCAUCUAUAAUUCAUUGGGGGCAAAUGGGGGAUUAGAUAAUGUAUCCAAAUUUUAAACUUACCAGUUUGUCCUACCCCUUAAGCAUUUAAAAUAAAAUAUGCAACAAAAUGGAUGACUUAGUGGAGAUGGAAGCCCACUAAUUGGGUUCCCCAUUAAACCGUUUACAUACAAGUACACAGUUUUUAUACUAAGGAUUCGUGUUAAAAAGUCUUGUAAAGUUAAUGUCUUUCACCCAGAUAUAUCAAAUGUCAGUGGAAGACCAGUGUGACUUCAUUAGAUACGUUUAGUGUAUUUAGAAUGUGUAAAUUUGUGCUUUGAACUGUAGUUUAAUAAAUGUAAAAUUGCAUCAUAGUAUUUGUUGUAUUUGACCUGAUGUAACCCUUGUAUGAUUGCAAUAAAUUUUUGUGUAGGUUUUACUGUUUUUUCAGGCUAAAAACAUGGGAAAGGGGCUAGCUAGCAAGAUAGUUUUGAAGUAGAUGUGUAUAUGGUCUGUUUUGAGGGUUAUUUUUCCUUAUAGUCCACUUAAGUUUAGUUUUGCUCGGUAUAUUUUUCAGUUAUUUAAUGAGUAAUUUAAAGUGGUAAAUCAUUGUGAAGUUCAGAUUUAUUAUGGAGAGUUGAUGUGCAGUAAGCAUGAUGUUUUAACAAUUUAACACCAAAAAAAGUUAAUCCUGCAUAAGCCAAUUGUAAUAAUAGGUGUUUCUGUAUAGAUAGAAUGCAUAGAGUACUUACCUUAGUAAAUCUUUAAAUCACAAGUCUUUGGCUGACAUGGAAGACUCUAUUAAAUACUUAACUUGGUGGGGGAGGGAAAUAAAAUUGCAGAAAACUGCAGAGCACUAAAACUUAAAGAAGGGCUACAUCUAUAUUCUGAAAUCUGAUGCUCUUUUGCACAGAAUAUUUAAAUUCAGAAUGUGGUGGGGUGGGUUGAAGCACACUUUAUUCAGUUUCUCAGUUGCAGUGAUUUCAAGGUUAGGAUUUUCUUUGUUGGUUUGAACUAUCCCAUUAGUUUCUUGUUAUUACCUAUUUGUUCAGCUUAGCAAUUACUUUUCUUUUCAUACUAGAUUUUAGUGGUGGUUGGGGGGAAGGUAGUUAGCAUAACUAACCUGACAGUUUUGUCAGGAAUUUGCUUUGUUCACUGCUAGUAUAUUAGUAAUCCUAGAUCUCAAUCACAAUAGUAAUAAUAAUAAACUCCAGGGGUCAUUGUUUCCUAAUUUACUCUGUGUUCACAUGUGGAAUUUCUGUCUUCCAAGAGGAAAUGUGACUUCACUUUGGUGCCAAUGGACAGAAAAUUCUACCUGUGCUACAUAGAAGUUUGGAAUGCACUUAAAUAUCUGGUUUUUACACCUUGAUUUCAAGGUGGAGAGAAAUUGAUCAUGAAUCUCUAAUUUAAAUCUCAAACCAGUAGGUGCUUAAUAUUUUUGAUUUGAUUAAAGCCCAUUUGAAUACCAUGGGUUCUUUUAAUUGAAAAAUAAUUCAGGACCCUAAUCCAUUGCCAUCUAAUUGUCCUUGGACUUUCCCAAGGAAUAGUAUGAGGUUUUAUGCAAAAUUCCAAGCUAUCAUUAACUUUUUUUUUUAACCUUAACAAGGAGGAGGAAAUGUUCCCUACCUUCUUUAUAUAUUGUGCAUUGUUGUGGUCCAUAAAUGCCAAACCUUUUCAAAGAUGGUACAACUUUGAGCCCUUGGCUUGAUGAUACAGGCUUGAGUUUCAUGGCAUUAUCAAUUUUGCCAUUUUCUUAGGAGAGCUGUUUUAUGUGAAACAGCUCAGUGUUGCAGAGAUUACAUGGGAAUGAUAUGGUAACUAAGAAAUGUCUGUUGUAUUUGGAGACUGCCAUAAUCUGAAGUUUGAACCUAUGUAUUUCAAUUUGGUAUGCUAAAAAAAUACUGAAUUAAUGUAAAAUCUUUUUAUAUAAUAUUGUAAUCUCGAUUCAAAAUUUAACUGACAAAACCCAAAUGAUUUCUAUAUAUAGUAAAUUGAACUGUAAAGGCAACUUGUGUGUGAUUCUGAAUACACAGAUAAAACGUUUUUAUUCCUCA